UAAAAUCAUUCCUGGGGCUGUAAAUGUUAUGUUUAGUAAAAUUUCGUCCUGUCCGAUUGAAUCUUCGCGUGGGACUAAGAAUGAAAACGGGAAAUCUAAGCUUCGUGCGUCCACAUCGUCUGAGCCAACAUCAACAGAAACGGAACACAACGAGCCGACAAGUUCGGCGGUGGUCAUCGUGAAGCCGAUCGUACACAACUCAUGGUUAACUUUGAACACCGCGUCACAGUCACCAGGCUUGGAACACAACGAAGACAGCUCUAGUUCAACAGGCUCCCUGAACGGAAACACAUCUUUCUUCCAAUUCUUCCGAGGCAUCCACUGCGAUUACUUAGAACUUCCCGCGAAGAAGCAAAGACGAUUUAAGAGAGAAUGCUUAAAUUUCUUACACGAACUGCUAGAUGAUGAAGACGACGUCCGUCCAAUACCGGAUUAUUCCCACCAAGACGACGUGCUGAAUCUGUCCAACUCAGGCCACGUUAGUAAAGAUGACAAAGACAUAAAACCCGUUGUAGGAGACGGCUACAUCCUUCCCAAUACCUGAUAGCCAAUAUUAUACGGGAUACAAUAUUGAUACAAUUCGACGGAUAUUGAGUUUUGUGUGAAACAUUCACUAGCAAGGUUAUGCAAGUCCCUGGGAGUAAUGAGAAGCGAUAAUUAAAUGUAGUAUGUUUUGUAUAUGUAUAUGUAUAUUUCGGGUUUUUUUUUGUAUAAGGCAAGAAGUACUUAUCUCUAUAUCUUGCUCGACAUGUUCUAUGAAUAAUAACGCGACACCUUAUAUCAUCAAGUAAUAAUAUAAUUAAUUGAAUAGAUAAAUUAAUUCAUUUUUUACAGUGACCAUUAGUAUAACUAUAAAAUAAUGCAAGUAUUAUAAGGGAAUGUGGAUUAUCUGCCUGCUAGAUGUUGUCCUGUAAAACGAAACACGAUGAGCGUGGUCACCAGGAGAGGGUUCUGAAAGCAGCUAGGACUACGAUCAAAGCGAAAACGUACAUGAAAAUAGUUCAAUGUUAGAAACAAUUAGCAAUUGAGGAAAUAUUACUUUGAAAAAAAGAAUAGUUGACGUCGUUGGUACCGAAACCAAAGCCCAAAGUAAGGAUUCAUAUUGGGUUAUUAAUGUUCACUUUUGUGCUAGUCUCGUGCUUUUAUUGAGCAAAAUAACAAGUAACAACCACUUAUAUCCCACUGUCCUGUGACCGACCUUCUUGAGAACCAAUGCGAUUUGGCUCUCAAGAGGAGACACGCAUGUAGCAGAAUAUAUAACACAUACAGAUUUCCUCACGAUGUUUAACUUUGACGAUCACGAGAUGAAUUAUAAACACAAAUCAAUCACACGAAAACUCAGUGAUGCUUGUCGAUCUUCGGCUAAGAUUAACUCGUCCCAACCACAAGGCAACACUCAACAACAAUAUAUAUAUAUGUAUAUAUACCGAUAUAUAUAUAAUUUAUAAGUGGUAUAGUUACUGGUCAGUUUGAUUUAAAAAAUGUAUUUAAUCAAAACGAUACUUAAUUCCAAAACUAAAGUGUAAUUAAAGCCGUACAUUUUGUUCACUAGCAUAAUAGAUAUGAUAUUUGACAUCUCCUCUCCAAUCAUUCGACCGUCUCCCAACAUUGUUUUCAUCAAUGAUUGUGUUCCAGCUGGAAGUGUGUAUGGACCAAUGUAAUAACAGUCACGAGAGACAUGAACUCAGGUUUCACAAUUUGAAUAUACAUUUGUAAAACCGCUAUCACCCUGUUUAUUAGUAUAUGUUUAAGAGAAGGUACAUACAUAUAGAGUUACAUUACAAAAACUAUUUUUUUUAUCAUUAAAAUAUUUAACCUCAUUGUAUGUACUUAAGUUGAUUAAUAUUAAGAUACUUAAUUUAAAAAUUGUUGUCACGUUUAGACAAGAUCUUAUACAAUUAUGGUUAACCUACUACUACUACUACUACUACUACUACUACUACUACUACUACUACUACUACUACUACUACUACUACUACUACUACUACCACCACUACUACUACUACUAGUCACAGUCAUUAUGUUUAGUUAAAUUUAUAAUCGUAUGCUUAAGAAACUACAGUUACAUUGCAACGAUUUUUGA